UAUUGACUGACGGCCGGGCGUGCGCAGUCGGCGGAGUGGCGCGGGUGCGUCGACCCUGCCGCGCUUCGAGAGAUCGACUUGCGGACAGUCGCGCCGCGCUUUCGAAAGCGCGCCCGUCGUGAUCGUGCAUCGACGGUUCGCGCGCGAAAUGCCGGCCGAUCGCGACGUUCAGCGUCGCCCGUGGGACACGGAUCGGCCGGGGACGUGAUCGCCGACGUAAAUCGCGGACGGGACUGCCUCGAGAGCGGGAAUCAAAGUUCGAGGGCGGCGUUCGAGAUAUAUCGCGCCGCCACGGGGGCGCGCGCGCGCGCCAGCAAUAUCGCGCGGCGGCGUGCCGCUGGAAAUUUUAUCAAUACCUUCGGCCAUCUAGUCUCGCUGGCAGUCGCUCGCGAAAAGUACGCGCCGAACGCCCGACGGUUUGCACGGCCGCCGACCGACAUCAAAUCGACGAGGAUAGCCGGAACGGAAAGAGCCCGAGGCGAUCGACUACGAGCAUGGCUUCCGAGGGUGGUCUAGCACCGGAUGCGGCUGCAGGUGCGGGCGCAGGUACCGAUGGCAUCGUCGGCGGCCCUCGAACUCCACAGCAGAUCGCUUCGCAGAAGCGGCUGCAGGCGACGCAAGCGCAAGUCGACGAGGUCGUCGACAUCAUGAAGACGAACGUCGAGAAGGUCCUCGAGCGCGAUCAGAAGCUCUCCGAGCUCGACGACCGAGCAGAUGCACUCCAGCAAGGGGCAUCGCAAUUCGAACAGCAAGCAGGGAAACUAAAGAGAAAGUUUUGGCUACAAAACCUAAAGAUGAUGAUUAUCAUGGGUGUCAUCGGUUUAAUCGUUUUGGCCAUUAUUGUCGCGAACUUCAUGUAGGCGCGCUGAUUCGUGGAAGAGAUUUGUGUGUGAGUGAGUCUGAAGCGAGCGUCACCGGCGGCAGCAAUACGCAAAAUUGAACGUGAGAGAGUAAAGCUAACGUAAAAUAACGCAACAAUAAAUAAAAAAAGAAAAAAGAAGUAAAGGAAGAAGAAGAAGAAGGAGAAAGGGAGGGAGUGGAAGUGGAGAAAGAAGAAGAGGAAGCGGUGGCGGCUGAAGACGAAGGGCACGCGUGAAACGGUGGUUUUUCAGACGAAAAGGACGGAUAUAAUAACGAAAAUGAUGUCGCGAGACGGAAAUUGUGACGAGGCGUCGACGGGUUCUGCCAAAGUUCACGUAACGUCGGAUCGAUCGCGCGGGGCUCGCUCGAUCGGUCGCGAUCGCGGAGGACCCUGGGAUUCAUCGGCAAGGAGGAAGGAUCGGGCGCAUUGGCGGGAAGGAUCGAGUAGCGCGACGUCAAGCCGAGCGGGAACGACGACGAGAGCCAUCGCAACGACCACGAAAUUUUCCUGUUACCCCUUGUAGUAGUUUUUUCGGAUCGAGGAUCAAGCGGAGGUCGUGACGGUCCACGCUGAUGAACCGAGUUUGUCUCCUCUGUGUCUCGCUGAAUGGACGAAGAGCGCGCGCGUUUACUGCGUUUCUUGUUCCGCGCAAAAUUUCCAUUAUUAUUAUUAUUAUUACUUUCAUUUUAUUAUCGUUAUCAUUAUUAAUUCCACAAUCACGAGCACUAUUGUCAUCGGAGUCCCUGUUCGGGGGUUAAUCGCGUUGUUCGCGUAAUGACGACGCGGCAGGUGUCGAUUUACCUUGUUCACUUGGAUGAUCGCGAAGCUAAGCUGCGUGUAAGUUCUUAAACAUGAGUUCUCGCCGGACAGGUGACAAUAUUGAAGGUCUCUGUGGGGAGACUCAUGUCCGACGACUUUUUCGAGAGGGGUCGAAAGUAGAGAGCGGGCGAAAUUCCUUCGGUUCGAUUCGAUUUUCGCGGUUGAUUGAUGAGAUGAAAUACAUCGCGCCUUCCUUCGUCCAUCUUCGUUAAUUAGCAUAGGGAGAGAGAGAGAGAGAGAGAGAGAGAGAGAACGGGAGAGCGAAGGAGAGACGGUUGUUGUGCACGGAGAAACGGAGAGAGAUUUGCUAGGAGAAAGAGGAGGAGAGAAAGAGAGAAUUCGUGUUGUAGCAGCGACAUAUAAUAUAUAUAUAUAUAAAUAUAUAUAUAAAUAUAUAGGAUAUAUAUAUGUAUAGACAGGGUGUUCGUAAAACCUCUCCGACGAAGGCAGUUGCUGGUAGCGCGCGACGCGUCCUCACGUGUAUAUCGAGCAUUUACUUUAUAUAGACGUAUAUGUAUAUAUAUAAAUUCACAUACUGUAAAUAAUAUAUCAUUUGUCCCUCAUACUCUCGCGCGAGAUAGGAAUUAUCGACCAACUCAUAACGACGACCCGUCGAAGAGUAUCACGCCAUCUUUUUUUGUUCCCGUUGCAUCCCCGCGCAUCUUUCCAAAGGAGAACAAACCCGAUCGAAGGGACUGAGAGGGGGAGGAUAAAACCGAGAAACGAGAGAAAAAAGAAAGAGAGGGAGAGGGAGGGAGGAGAAAAGAAAGAGGGGGGAAAGAAACGAACGUGAAAAAAAUAGACGUGAAAGAAACAGAAACCGCGGCGAUCGCCUGCCUUCGUCGAAGACGGCGCACUGGAACGUUUCCGAGCAGCCUGUGUACAGAGAAUUUUAAAGAAUAAUAAAGGGAAGAGCGCGCGCUCGAGAGAGAGAAAGAGAGGGGAAGCGGAGAAAGAGAAUACGGUUAAGAAAGGCGCCCCGGUGCAGCGGGGCGACGCGGCUCUAGGUAACGUGUUUUAAGGCUUGAAGAAGAAUUAUCUACAGAUGUUAUGUAUACAUGUUAAUAAUAAUGAUUACGACGAUGAUAACGAUACAUUAAAAAAAAAAAAUAAUAAUAAUAAUAAUAAACGGCUAACACACGCGCGAUCACCUUGAUAACGACGACAAAGACAACGACGAUGACGACGACUACGACGACGACAACGAUGAGGGAGGGAGCUUUACCGUUUCGCGGACAUGAUCGUGCCGAGAAAGGGACGUGUAUCCUAUCCUACGCGAGUCGAGGAUACCGGGACGCUUUAUCCUCGAUGAUCCUCUUAUCGUCCAACCGCGAGACAAAGCGUUGAGAGUGUAUCGCGCAACAACACCGAUCGAUCGAACGUCGACGAGACCGUCGAUCUCGUCGUUCCCCUCCCCCCAUGUUCCCUUCCCUCUUCAGUUUGGUCGGUCCCGCUUGGUUUCGAUGCUGCUGACACAGCAAUAAUUUCGUCAGAUGAAACGACCAUCCUUCUAUCUGUAAUCCCCUCCCCCUCUGCCCGCGAUUAUUCCUGCCGAUUAUCCCGCUCCGUCGCGCGAAUGACAGGCGCCGUUUCGCCGACGACUUCCUAGUGCGUGGAAGGUACCGGAAGGGAAAAAAGAAAGAGAGAGCGUUAUUUAUUCCCAAAGAGGGGGAGAACUUUUCAUCGUGUCGAUCGGCAAAACGCUGGACGAUUUCGCUUCUCGUUCUCGCGUUGAUAUUCGAGUUAGAAGAGGCGAGAGCCGAGGCGAAAGGAGAGGUGUCGAUGUUAACUACCGAAAUUUGCCGCGUCGUUUUGGCCGCAAUUGUUAAAUUGAACGGUGAGAACACUCAUCGAGAUACCCAUCCCAUCGAGUGACCGAUAUUGCGCAUCUAAUCGUGUAGCUAAUCGUUGCGUUAAUCGCGUGAGAAAUGAAAUUAAUAAUGUUGCCACCGUUCGGAGCGAGGGAGAGCGGCCGAAUUGGUUUUACAAUUUAACGCGAGUGAGUUGACCGAUCGCGUGAGAUUUUCGCGAGAUUUUCCCGCCGCUGGGAUGAUAAUCUGUGAUGGGGGGAUCAUUGGGGACCACGACUGUCUGUCGGAGUCUCGCGGAUAACCGGAGAUCGGCCGAUCGGCCAAUGAGAAAUUCUGGCGCGAAGUCGCGAAACGGCGGCCGCAUACACAGUCCGCGAGUUAUGAUGUUUAAACGAUCAUUCUAUGUUUACGAACUAUAAACACAUAGCUGUACGUCAUAUCUUAACCGUCGACGUAUCCUUAAUUAUUAAUAACGAAUAUGAACACAUGAUGAUGAUGAUGAUGCUUUGAACAUUGUACAGUACCGAAUAAAAAAAGAAAUAUACUGCGUA